AUGAAGAAUUUAAUCCUUUUCCUAGCAUUGAUGGUCGUCGUAAGCCUCGCCUUGGCUUCACAAGAAUCAUCCUCCGUCAUUUCAAAGAGGGCGCGCCAAUCGUUUAAUCUGAGGGAUCUCGCGGUUCCAAUCGAAAAUCAAGGCUGUCCCGUUCCCUUGCGAGCAUGUCCAAUCAUUUCCAUUGACAGGUCGCUCGACUUGAGCUUGGCUAUUUCAAAGAGAACAAUCAACAAGCGCAAUUGGGAAUGCUUCAACUUACAAACAGACGUCAAUUCUUGUGGAAGUUGUGAUAAUGACUGCAUGGAGAUCCCAAAUGUUGGCCGGGCAAAAUGUGACUCAGGCGCAUGCAAGAUUGUCACUUGUCAAUCGGGAUUGCAACCCAAGUUCAUCAUCAACCACAUCACCGGUACGGAGGGCAUGAAAUGCGUCUGA